AUGUGUGCUUCUCUACAGAUUGACGACUCGCUCUCCAGCCUGGUGAUCGCCCAGCUCCUCUUCCUGCAAUCCGAGAGUAACAAGAAGCCAAUUCACAUGUACAUCAACAGUCCAGGUGGUUCAGUGACAGCUGGUCUGGCAAUAUAUGACACUAUGCAGUAUAUCCUGAACCCCAUCUGUACAUGGUGUGUGGGCCAGGCUGCCAGCAUGGGCUCUCUCCUCCUAGCUGCCGGCUCCAGCGGAAUGAGACACUCGCUGCCAAACUCCAGAAUCAUGAUCCACCAGCCGUCCGGAGGAGCCAGGGGUCAGGCCACAGAUAUCGCCAUACAGGCUGAAGAGAUACUUAAACUGAAAAAACAGAUCAAUGAAAUUUACGCCAAACAUACAAAGCAACCGCUGUCUGUGAUUGAGUCUGUGAUGGAGAGAGAUCGAUAUAUGAGCCCUACAGAAGCUCAGGAGUUUGGCAUCCUUGACAAGGUCCUGGUACACCCCCCACAAGAUGGAGAAGAUGAACCAGAAUUGGUGCGGAAAAGUGAAGAGACUCCACCACCGUCUGAGCCUUAG